UCGUAUUGGCGCGGCGCAGUGCAUAGCAGUGUAGCGACGACGACGGCGGCGGCGGCAGCUCAUACGCGUGCAUUUCGACCUGUGACCGUUGCAUAUUAUAUCGUAUUGUGUAUACUUACGUACACGUCACGCGCGACCACAACAACCAUCACAUUAUCGUUUAACAAUAUUAUAUCGUUAUAAUAUAUCGUCACAGCGUCACGUCGCGGCCACGCAUUACAGCACGGCACCAGGACAGUCGAUCGUCGCGUGUACGCGCGCGCCACGCUACGGUUACGGAUACGGUACGUUGCUACUCGCGGCGCGCGCGAUAAACGUUUAAACGCACGCGAGCGCGCACCCGUGUCGUCGCGUCUUAACGGUCGCGUUAAUCGCGGCGGCGGCGCGACCAUAGCCGUACACCGUGACGGCGGCGCGCACGGCACCGGUAAAAUCCGAGAAAAAUAUUCGUAGUUAUCGUCCGGCGUUACCGCCGCGACAGUCUCACCGCGAUUGCGGUCGAUGCGCGUCGCGUAAAAGCAGCGAGGAGUGCGUAUGCUGCUGCUGCAGUUGCUGCAGCUGCUCCGGCUUAUCGCCCGCUGCUGCGGCGCCGCCGCCGACGAUAGCGAUGCUGCUGGCCACCGACCGAUAACAGAACUGACCAUACCGCGGGCGGCGCAUGGACUUGCAGCACCGACAGCAGAGACACCGUCCGUCACCGUCAUCUGACCGCCCUGCAGAAUUACAUAAUCGGCUCUCUCAAAUGUUAUUGGAACCACAGCAGCAGCACGGUGGCGUGGACGAGGGAGGCAACGAGCGGCAUCGUCGCCAUGGGCGGCACCACCACGACGAGCACAUGAGUGACGGCGGUGGCGGUGGUGACGACCAGCAGCAGCAGCAGCAGCAGCAGCAGCAAAUGCUGUUACUACACCAACACCAUCUGAACCAGCAACACUUACAGCACCAACAACAUCACCCGCACCAGCAAGGUCAUCAGCCGCAGUUGCUUCAACAGUUGUCACAACACCAACAGCAGCAACAGCAACAGCAGCACCAAGACAAUGAACUGCAACAGCACCAACAAAUGCAGCAACAACGCCAACACGAACAAAUGGACGGUCAUCAUCAUCAACAUCACCAACUACAUCACGACCAACAGUUGCACGAUCUCCACCACCAAAACCUACAACACCAACAAAACCUACAACAGCACCAGCAAAGCCUCCAACAACAGCAGCAGCAGCAGCAACAGCAGUACGGCGAGGUAAAUCAGCUUGGUGGCGUGUUCGUCAACGGAAGGCCGUUGCCUAACGCGGUUCGCGUGCGCAUCGUCGAACUGGCCCGUGUCGGCAUCCGGCCAUGUGAUAUCAGCCGUCAGCUGCGCGUAUCGCACGGGUGUGUGUCCAAAAUCCUUGCUCGAUACCACGAGACAGGCAGUGUGCUACCGGGGGCCAUCGGGGGCAGUAAGCCCCGAGUGACCACACCCAGGGUUGUGGCGUACAUCGGCCGGUUGAAGCGCAAGGACCCGGGCGUGUUCGCGUGGGAGAUUCGGGACCGACUACUCGCCGACGGCGUGUGUGAUAAGUUCAACGUGCCCAGCGUGUCCAGCAUCAGCCGGAUACUGCGCAACAAGAUCGGAUCGACGGGGCCGACCCAAAGUACGGGUACUCAGCAGCCUGCGGCCGUCAUGACCGGUGGUGGUGGAUUGUCACCGACGACCGCCGCAGCAGCGCACCACAUGUAUGGACCGUACCAUCACCACCAUCAUCACCACCCGUCCACGUCACCACCAGCCGUAGCCGCAAGCUAUCAGCUCCACCACCACCACCAACACGGCCAAUAUCACCACCAACACCACCAACUCUACCACAACCAUCCCUACCAACAGCACCAACACCUCUGUUCGCCGCCGCCACCACCACCUUCAUCGGGUCUACCCACCACCGUACCGACAGGGACGGGUGGCCCAACGUGCUGUUCACCGACUGUACCGGCCACGGCGUCCAGGUCCUUGUCAUCGCCGCCACCGGUGCCACCACCAGUGCCUCCACCACCGCCACCACAACACUGCUGGCCGAGUCCACACGCUGUAACCGACAUACUCGCGGCAGCGGCCGCUGCUCAGCAACAGCACCAGCAUCACCAACACUUGCACCCGUCGCACUCGCACCACCUACACCCAUCACAACACCACCCAAACAGUCAUUAUGGCGUCGGGGGUGGAAGCAAUGGUGGUGGCGGCAGUGACACUGCGGCCGCCACAACGGCCGCCGCCGCCGCCGCUGCAGCAGCAGCAGCCGCAGCCGCGGCGGCCAACUACGACACGACGACCGGCGGUAGCGCAGCAGCCGCUGCGGCCGCCGCGGCCUACAACACGUACUGCAGCAGUUACUACCAUCAUGCAAUGGUAUACGCGGCCACAGCGGCGGGCAGCAUUGCAGCCGCCGGCCGUCAUCCGUCACACCAUCUGAGCACGACACCACCGUGCACUGCCGCGGCCGUGUGGCCCCACUCGAUAGCACCGCCACCGCCACCGCUGCCACCGCCACAGUCGCCGACGCCGUCACCGCCGGCAUCAGCGUCGGCGACGACCGCGUGACCAUUACCGUGGUGGUGAACUUCCAGAGUGGAACACCGAACAGAAGAGAUAGCCUACGAGAUAUAAGAGAUGAUUAGUGAAUAGGGAACGUUAUUUCCAAAUACAGUUGUACGCGAUGAUUGUACGUUGUUUAAUAUUAUGUAACUGCAACGAGUUAAUAUUGUUACACGAGUUAAAGAUCAAAAAAACUGGAAUUAUAUGUAUUAAUAUGGAUACAUUUUGUGUAAUUGCGUUUUUUAUAUCUGUCCAUAAUUUGUAUAAUAACUAUUCUUACGAUCUAUCCAUAAUUUGUAUAAUAACUAUUCUUACAAUACAGCCUAUGUUAUGUUGGCAUUUAUAGGUACCCAUACGAAUACGAGUUUAUCAUUUUAUGUGCAAGUGUGAAUUCAUUAAAUACGACCACAUUAUAUAUUGUA